AUGGUUAUAGCCCAGUUUGACAAGUGCCCCUCUGAAGACAAUGGCUGUAAAUGUAAUCUUCUAUAUGCCCUCAGUUCAGGAUGCCCCCAACAAUGUGCCAGUGCUGGUGGUCAAGUAAUGAAGGAAAACAGCGCUGUUACUGAACUUUGUGGUCCUAAUGAUAUAAAAGCAGCAACUCUUGGAUUUGGCCAUUUACUCCCGUUUUUCGAUGCCCGUGGAAGCUCUGGAGACGAGUACUAUGACUAUGGUAGUAACGAUUUCGAUGAUGAUGACGAUGAUGAAUGUGAUAAUGGAGAUGAUAGUGAUGAUGGAUCUCAAUGGCAUCAGCCAAAGCCUCCUCCAAUACCUUCUCCACUGCCUCCUCCUCCACCACCACCUCCUUCACUUCCAAAUUACCAUUAUCCCCCAGUUGAAUAUAUGAUGCCUCACGCCUCAGAUGAAGGAUACCCUCCUCCUCCCCCUCCAGGAUACUAUGGCGCCCCACCACCUCCACCAACGCAAUAUUACGGUGAUGCUCGGUAUGGUCCACCUCCUCCACCUUCAGCCCCUUACUAUGGCGAAGCUGCUUAUGAAAACUAUCGUGAGUACCCCAAUGGUCGCCAUGAGGAGCAACAAGAUGAUGAGGAGUGCGAUGGAAGUUCAAAUGAGGCCAAUACUGGCUAUUACGAGUUCAAUAGUGAAUAUGAAUCAUGGUCUGAGCCUUGGACACAAGCCGAUAUUAUUCCUGCCGAAAUUAAGGAUGUCAUUGACUCGAUUCAUAUUGCAGGUGUCGAAUCCGAACCUGUAGUUGAAGACCAAGCAAUUGAUGGUUUUGAUAACGAGCGCAUUGCCAGUGUCCAAGGAAUCAUCCCUGGUCUCCCUAGACUUAGAAAGUGGCUUAGAGCAAAGAAACAGAAUAUCGAAGAAUUUACUUCUGAGGAUGACAACAAUGGACAAUCGCAAUCGAUGUCAAUGUCAAUGUACUCGACCAUAUCUAUGUUGCCAUCAUCUACAGCUCAUUCAACUGUUAUGCCUGCCUCUGUUGUCGUUACUUCCUCGCCAGUUGCCACCUCAUCAAUGAGUAAUUCGAUGACCAUAUCACCAGAAGAAACCUCGUCGAUGACUGAGGAGUGUGACGCUGAAUGUAUGGCUGCCCUGAAAGCCAAAAAUGAACAAAUGGCUGAAGAAAACGGUAUUACUGACAGAAUCCAAAAUAGACUCCAUGAAGACGACGACUGUGAUUAUGAGUGUCAAGCUCUACGGGCACAAGGUGGUGGUUGUAUUGCCGGUGAGGGCUGUAAUUUCUUGCCUGAUUUCAAAGAAAAGUUCCAUGGCAAUGAAGAGGAAGACUGUGACGAAGAUGGUUGUAAAGAAAAUGAUAAUAACAAUAAUUCUGACGCCACGACUGGUAGCGGACUCAGUAAAGAUAGAGCUGGCAUGCUUCAUAAGCUCCCUAAUCUCAAGGAUAAAUUUCACGUGUGUGAUCCUGAUAAUGAAGAUUGUAUGGCUCGGGAAGCCGAUGAGUCUCCUAGAGAGUCUCUAAAACAAGUUCAACCCGAUGCGAAGGAUAGGGCUCCGACUCAACAGAAUCAAGUCGGGGAGCAAGUGGAGGAGCCAACCCAAUCCAAGGAAGAAGUUGUUGGAGAGCCUGUUCAGCAACCCGCUGAACAGGUAACAGAGCAGCCUAACGAGCAUUCUAAGGGACAACCCAAAGAGCAGCCAAAGGACCAAUCUAAGGAGCAACCCAAAGAGCAGUCUAAGGAACAACCCAAGGAACAACCCAAGGAACAACCCAAGGAACAACCCAAGGAACAACCCAAGGAACAACCCAAGGAAAACCCCAAGGAACAGCCUAAGGAACAGCCUAAGGAACAGCCUAAGGAACAGCCUAAGGAACAGCCUAAGGAACAGCCCAAUGAACAACUCAUUGAGCAACCCCAGGAACAGCCUAAGGAGCAGCCUAAAGAGCAACCCAAGGAACAACCCAAGGAACAACUCAAAGAACAACCUAGCUCUCAUACAAAAGAGCAAUUCAGUUCUGUAUCAAAAGAGGAAUCUAAAUUCGUUAUGGCUACAGCUCCUCCAACACCACCCAAGUCUGCUCAAAUCGUCAAGCUUAUAACGUCGUCCUCCUCAUUCAUCCGUGCUGUACAACCAUCAAGCAAACCUACUAGUAUCGGAGGUAUGUCCAAUUCCAACAAUGAUUGUGAAACUGAUGAUUGCAACGACAAUAAUUCAAACAACGGUCAUUCCAUGCCUGGUUUAUCUCACUUCAAAGAAAAGAUGCCCUCUUGGCACUGUGCUCAAGAUGAUCCUGACUGUGAAGCUCUCGUCAAAUACAUUGGAGGUGAUUUAAACAAAACUAACAACGUUUCUGGAAGAACGGGUGCUGCUCAACACCAUUCGGCAGCUGCCUACGCCAUGGCAAACAGUACAGAAAGCAGCAAUUCGACUAGAUUCAUCUCAGUUAGCGUUAUGGAUGAUCGUAACAGUACUUUUAACAAACUCAACGAGACUGUUAACAGCAACACAAACACUAAAAGUGCUCAUGUUGGAGCGUCAAUCAGUAGCUCAACUUCCAUGGUCUUGAACGGGUUUACUCUUGGAUUCGGUCUGCUAAUUGCGGCUUGGAUUUAA